GUGCCUGGCGCUUUGCGCCUCUGGAGCGUGAAGGAAAGAUUUCGUGUUUCCAUCUCGGCAGAGCUGUAAAUCCUGCUCUAUAAAUAGCCUCUGCAGAGGCCUGUGUCUCUGGCGGGGCCGGGGGGGCCGGGAGCGGAGCAAAGCUGUUCUAACAGGUGCAGACUUCUGGCUGCCAUAAAAAGGCCCCGGCGCAGCUGUCCCCCUGCUCCUGGCUAUGCUGGAGCCUGUGCUGCUGCCAGAGCCUGCCGCGACCUGCUCUCACGGCUCGUCCCCGUGGCUGCAGCAGAGCUUGCGCCACGCCACAGCACCCUCCCCGCCCCGGCACUGCUGCGACAGGGCACGGCGGAGCGGUGGGUAUCGCGCAGUCCGGAGCCCCUGACGGCGCUGGUCCUGCGUGGAGCUGCUGCAGCCCUCAGGAAAUUCCAGAAAUGCUCCUGCGCCGCUCUGGGGCACGGGGGGGCGGCCGCGGGCAGCGGGGAAGUGUGCGGGGGCCUGCCCAGGGCGAGCCAGGUGGCACGUACGCGUCUCUUGGCAGGAGCUUGCGCCGCAGCCAGCCUGGAGGUCUGCAGCAAGCUGCAAGGCAUGGAGCAGGCUGCCGAGGACGAAGGAGGCCACCACCCCGCACAGCAGGGAGACGUGCUCCACGGGCGCUACCAGGUGCUGCAGCGCCUGGGCUCCGGGUACUUCGCCACCGUCUGGCUGUGCCAGGACCGGGCGGAGAAGCGUCAUGUUGCUGUGAAGGUGGCCAAGGGCGGUGAGGCCUUUGCUGAUGCAGCCCAGGACGAGAUCUCUCUUCUCCGAUGUGUCAACAGCAUGAAGAAAAAGGACCGGGCAGGAGAGAACAUUGUCCAUUUAUUAGAUGACUUCAAAAUGAUUGGAGUGAAUGGCUUCCAUGUGUGCUCGGUCUUUGAGUUGCUGGGUCCCUCUCUGCGAUGCCUGAUGAGGAUCCACGGUGCCCAGGGCCUCCCCUUGCCUUUUGUGAAGAAAGCCUUGCUGCAGGUCCUGGCAGGAUUGCACUUCCUGCACAAGCACUGCCGUAUCAUCCAUGCAGACAUCAAGCCAGAGAAUAUCCUGCUGCACGCGAGCGAGGCGAGUCUGCAGAGCUUUCUAUUUGAUGCAGAUGCCUGGAACCAGAGCCCAGGUGUGGGUCCACUGAGGUCAGGUAGGCUGGGAGAGGGGGGCAGGGACCGCUAAUUCCUCCCAGGAGAGAGCACUUCCCUGCACACCCUACGCCAGGGGUGGUGCACAGAGACUUUGCAGCAAAGCAAGAGAGACACUAUGGGAGAUUAUUGGCUGUUGGGAGCACACUGAUGUCUGUGCUGGCAGGUCUUUCCAGAUUUCAGGAGUCUUCCCAUCU